AUGUUGCCUCUCCUUCAGAGGCCCCCUCAUGCGGUGACGCCGCCACCCUCGAACCGCGAUGCCUUCACCCCCUUCCCAGGCAACGAUGCCUCGUCGGUCAACGGCCAUUACCCUCGAGACGUUUCCCUCGCGUAUCAGCGCUCGUUUCCCAUCCGCACCUCCCAAUCACAUCGUCGACCCUCCACACCCGCAAGCUCACUCUACCGCUCUUAUCCCGAGUACCAUCUCCGCCGGAAGACACCCAACGGCACUAUCGAUGCUGGCUACGACGGAUCGCCCACUCCUCUCUCCCAUGGCCCGCCACCUUUGAAGCACCUGGGUCUACCUAGGUCCGCGACAUCCACGGCAUUUCCUCCGACAGCCCCGGCGGCACUGCCACUCCGUAGCCACAACCUGGUCACUGACCAUCGCCAGUCCUCUUUGCCUGGCAACCAAGGCGUCGACGAUGAUGGUAGGCACAUUCAUAUGGGCUCUGCGCCGUGGCCGUUUACCAGUGACAUGUCAGGGCUUCCAGGCGCAUUCCUUGAAAGCCCCCAGACUCUUAUUCCUCCUGGACGGCAGCAUCAAUCUGUCGCCUACCUCGAUGCCUCGGGGAUGUUCCCCAGCAUUUAUCAACCACUUUUGAGGGCUAAUGAGUAUAAUGUUCGCGCUUUUUGCCCACCCCCGGUGGUUAUGAAUGACUCUUUGCCACUCGGCCAAAUACCCUUGCAUGCUACUCCUUCACCUUGGAAUCAUGGAAACUACGUCCAACCGUGUGAAUCGAGCCUAUUGGGAUCUGCACAACAGGAUAUCGGACCCAAGUCUCACAAGCUGGUGCCAGAAUUUAUGCACCACCCGUCGUUUGACGGCUCUAUUGAACAAGACGUCACAUUCAAUACCCCACACCCUCGGCACAGCGACAUCGAGAAUUUAGGGCUUGAUUCGAGGAGGAGUAUUCAACACCAUUCUUACUCUCUAGAGUUCCGAGGUCAACAAGGAUUUCGAGAAAAGGUGCUGGUACAAGCUCAUAGGAGCUAUAUGGAUCUUCUUACCUACCUCCAGACGUCGAGAAGAUCGCAACCUGGGAAGGCCAAUUCUGGUCUCGGCACUGUCCCGAAGCUGCUAGUAUAUCCCAAACCCCCGAGGCCUUCUUUGAAGAUUCUGGAAACUGGGGAAAGGGGUGUAUCAACGAGUUUUUCUGAGAGAGAUCGUGGGCGAAAUUACCACGUUCGGGGCUAUUCAUCGACGCAUCCGCUAGGAUCUUUCAACAAUUCCUUUUCCGGAGGAAAGAUGUCAACCCUUUCCACGGCGAAGUCUUCGCUCGAAAUGCUGAAUAGCCUAUGUGAGCAGAGCGGAUGGAAUUGGAUUGAUGGGAUUUUGGUUGGGGGGUGUCUCCAUUAUGGAAUGGAACAAUACGAAGAGGCAUUGGAAUGGUUCUCGAGGAUCAUCACUCUUGACUCGAGUCACGUCGAGGCUAUCACAAACAUGGCUGCCACGUUAUACUGCCUCAAUCGCCAAGACGAGGCCGAGCAGCACUGGAUCAGAGCCGUGAAGGUGCAACCUAGCUAUUUAGAAGCUGUCGAGCACCUUGUCGGACUCUUGUAUAAGCAGCGCAGUAAGGAAGCUGUCGACAUCAUCAACUACGUGCAGCAGGCGCUGACCUUGUCAUCCUCCGGAUCCAUACGGCCGGCGCGAGUACCUGCUGGCGGACCCACUCCGCAGGGGGCCUUUCCUGGCACUACCAUGCCUCACAGUUUCCAAAUUGCUGACUUGAAGCAGGCGCAGCAUCAUGGGGUUGCACCUCAACCAGGUGACACAAAGACACCAGGUUUUGGAUCGAGCGGCUAUGCCAUACCCGGAAGAGAGAAUGGGCGAAUCCUUGCCCUGAUCCACGCGAAGGGGACUAUGCUGUACAGCCUAAAAGAAGUAAACGGGGCCUCGGCCGCCUUUGAAGAAGCGGUGCUGAUUAGCGUCGGUCGUCAUAUGACGGGUAUACCAGACCUGGUGCGUCGAAUCCAAACAGUCCUGUCUCCUACAGAACCAAGACCAGCCCCGCGUGGCCAGAUUUCACAUCCCCUCCGGCCCCUGUUAUUGCCUCCCGAAAGAGCUCGACAUACCGCCCAUCUUGUGUUUGGCGGCAGCGGAGACCUCCCAGGUCUUCGAUAUGUGACUGAGGGCACGACAAAGCGUGCUGCAGUGCAAACAACCAGUAAUUCGCUACUUUCGCUAGCCAAGAUUUUUCAGGAUGGUCUGUCAAGUGGGCAUGCUUCCCCUGAUGUCCCCCGACGUUCCUCAGGAGUCGAAGAUAUUCUAGCCCUCUACUACCUUUCCCUGUCUCUUCAGGAAAGCCCCUCAACCGCAAAUAAUGUCGGGAUUCUUCUCGCAGGAGUACAGCAAUCCACUUCGAGCUCUUACGGCGCCAGCAUCGACAUGUUUCCCCAGCCCAAUAUUCCAGGGAUCAUACCGGGAAGCGGUCUAGCUCUCGCUUUAGCGUACUAUCAUUAUGGAUUACGCUUGGAUCCUAAACACGUUCACCUUCAUACAAACCUCGGCAGUCUUCUGAAAGACAUUGGCCAACUCGACUUGGCAAUCCAAAUGUAUGAACAGGCUGUGUCGUGUGACGGUACUUUCGAUAUUGCCCUGACGAAUUUGGCCAAUGCAGUCAAGGACAGAGGUCGUAUUAGCGACGCCAUAAUGUACUACAAACGCGCCGUCACUUCAAAUCCUGACUUUGCCGAGGCUGUUUGUGGUCUAUCAACAGCCUUGAAUUCUGUCUGCGACUGGCGAGGUCGGGGUGGGGUCAUGCUUCAGUCUGGAAAGUACGACCGCUGGCAUGUUGAUGAACGAGGGUUGCUCGUUGACGCCCGCUCUUUGGGGCAGGAGAACGGCCUCACUAGCCGAGUUGUCCGCAUCAUCAGCAAGCAGCUGAAUGAAGCGUCACAAUGGGGACGGGGCAUCCUCGAGGACAAAGCUAUCAUGGCCUUGGCCGGACAAGUUCGCGAUCUGGGCUCGACAAGCUCUUUUCAGCCCGAGAAAGCCCUACGCGACUGGGCUGGCAAGCCCUGGGAAGGAUCACGUCUCAUACGCCUAGUGGAACGCACCACUCGGGCAACGCAAUGGAAGUGGUACCGUGAUCGUUACGUUUCCCGCUCCAAGUCAACUUCGCGUUAUUUACGGCUCCGAUUACCUCCUAGCCUCACUGUUCCGUCGGCGCCAACUGUCCUCCCGUUCCAUACAUUCACGUGCCCCCUCACCGCAAGAGACAUUCGCAUCAUCUCACAGCGAAAUGCGAUCCGAAUCUCCUGUUCAACUCUGCGACUGCCUUGGAUACCGGCCACAGUCUACCCACCACCCCCACCCCCUAACCCUCAACUGAAUGUGGGCUACGUGUCAUCCGAUUUCAACAACCACCCCUUGGCCCAUCUAAUGCAAUCCGUCUUUGGUCUUCACAAUCCUCAACGGACCCGGGCCGUUUGCUACGCUACAACGGCAAGCGACAGAUCAGUCCAUCGCAAUCAAAUUGAACGGGAAGCCCCUGUGUUCCGGGAUGUCAGCAACUGGCCUUCAGAGAAGCUGGUAGAGCAGAUUGUUCGAGAUGAGAUCCACAUCUUGAUCAAUCUAAAUGGCUAUACCAGAGGAGCCCGAAACGAGAUAUUCGCGGCCCGCCCUGUCCCGGUGCAAAUGUCCUUCAUGGGAUUUGCAGGAACCAUGGGCGCUGAAUGGUGUGACUACAUUCUUGCAGACAGCACUGCGAUCCCACCAGGGACACUUCGCCCUUGGCGGGCCAAUGUUGGGGUUGAGGAUAUCUUCCACGAUGACACCGAGGGUAAUGGGGGCGAUUGGAUGUACUCUGAGAACAUCAUUUUCUGUCGCGAUACCUUUUUUUGUUGCGACCAUGCCCAGUCUUGCGACGCGAGUGAGAGGCAAGUGACGUGGGAGGAGGAGCAACAGCGCCGAUGGCAGAUGCGCAAGGAGCUGUUUCCAACCCUUCCCGAUGAUGCCAUCAUUUUGGGAAAUUUCAAUCAACUAUACAAGAUUGAGCCAACGACCUUCAGAUCCUGGCUGCGGAUACUGGCGCAGGUACCGAAGGCGAUUCUCUGGCUUCUACGAUUUCCAGAACUUGGCGAAGUAAAUCUACGGCGCACUGCCAAGGCAUGGGCAGGAACUGAGGUUGCUAGCCGCAUCGUAUUCACAGAUGUUGCGCCCAAGAGCCAACAUAUCUCACGUGCGCGGGUGUGUGAUCUCUUCCUCGACACCCCCGAAUGCAAUGCACACACAACGGCGGCAGACGUCCUGUGGUCAAGUACGCCUUUGCUCACGCUCCCGCGGUACCCUUACAAAAUGUGCUCCCGAAUGGCGGCGUCAAUCCUGAAGGGAGCACUCCCCAAGUCGGCUGAGGGCCGGCAGGUUGCUUCGGAACUGAUUGCUGGAAGCGAAGCAGAAUAUGAACAGCGGGCGGUCCGACUAGCCAGCGGGCUCAGUUACGACAUGACGGAUAGCAGAUUUGGGGAAGGACAUGGGCGACUGGCAGAGAUGCGCAAGUUACUCUGGGAUGGGAAGUGGAAUUGUGGACUGUUUGAUACCCGCCGGUGGGUUGACGACCUGGAAACGGCGUAUGAAGAGGCUUGGCGACGCUGGGUUGCAGGAGAGAGCGGAGACAUCUGCCUCUAA